AUGAAGACCUUUCAAGGGGAGGAUCACAAGGAUUUUCUACAUAUCUUUCAUAGCGUGGAAAAGGAAUCUCUAAGCGAGGACAUGAAAGUUUUCUGGGAGGCGCAGGAAAAGGCGUUAUUGCAGACAAGUUCCAAAGGAUACAGAUGGCACCCUAAGUUACUUUUAUCUGUUUAAUUAAAAAAUUACUAGAUCGCAAGGAGUAACUUUUUUGGGGGGCGGGGGGGGGAGGUUGAAUGAAGACAAAAGAAAUAGCUGUCUUUUUGUGCCCGACUAACCACAAAACCAGACCCAUCCUACUGAUUAUUAAUUAUAACUUAUUAUAUCAGGUCUUACAUACAUGUAAGAUUAACCCAUUUAUGUUAUGAAGGGGCAGAACACCAAUGUUAACUAACUCUUUCAUUUUGAACAGAGUGAUAAGAUUGUGUUUGUCAAUAUGGAACCGAAGCCCUGAGGCCUACAAAGACUUAAGAGAUAGUGACAUGUUGUUGUUACCAUCAGGGAGGCUUUUGCGAAUGUACAAAAACUCCUGCACCCAAGAUGCUGGUUUUAAUGCAUCAGUAGGACAGUGGAUAGCCCAGGAAGCUGUUAAAAGAAAAAUCGGCCCUGAAGAGAGAGAAGGAGGAAUCAUCCUAGAUGAAAUGGCCAUACAGGUACGUGAAUCGUGAUACUCUUAUCUGGAAACCUUAAGAGAUACUACCCCAUUUAGAAUCAACUCUCAUCAACAUCAAUCAAGCUUGUGGGUGCAGCAUAUAUUAAUAUCCUAGCAAAAGGACUGUAUGCACCAAUAUUGCUUUUUUAUAGAGUGACCCCCCCUUCCCGAUUCCUCUGCAAUGUGGAGCUGAACAAGCAUAAUUAUAUUCUGACAUCAAAGCAUUAACAAAUAACAUUUUCAUUUAAUGAUGUCUUGUUUUCAAAAUUUAAUACAGGAGGACUUGCAGAUGAAGUUUGUUAAUGAACAAUAGAAACUUGUGGGUCUAGUGUGCUUGGGAGAAGAGCUUAACAGCAUGCAAAAAAUUGUGACAGGUAAAUGGGUCUAUUUAAAUAUAACACAAGUGAUUUUUUUUACAUUGGGUGUGUGCCUAGCUGGUCUAGCUAGUUACAGCUGUAAUAGGCACUCCACAUUAAUACUCUAAAAGAGAAUUAGGCAAAAAAGCAAUAAGAAAAUAUGGCGGGAGCAGUUGUUUUGUUAUAAGUAGUUGUGUCAAUUUGGUCUUGGGACAAGCAACAACCCAACUACAGUGGGUCUGGUGCACUGAGCAUUCAGCUACUCAGCAUUUAUAGAGCAACCUUUCAUAAUUAUUUCUUUGCAUGUAAGAAAAUAGUUUGUUUUUUAAUAUGCUGAGUGCCAGAUGAAGUUUCUUUUCUAUUCAAAACCAAUACAUCCUCGACACUUCUCCACAAGUUUCCUUUCUAGGGUUUUUUUCAUAUCAUAUUUGUUAACCUUUAAACUUUUAGGCUCUACAACUACAUUUUUUAUAGCCUGCAAGAAAGCUCUCCAUUUGGGGGAUUUUGUGAAAAGCAGAUGAGCGAGAUGCACACGAGAGGAGACGCGAAAGUGGGGAUUGGGGGAGCUCCUUUCCUUGGCGCCGCUGGCUAGCGUGUUCUCGCCUGGCUUGCUUCACUCACCCAAAUAGGAGAACUUGCUCACAGGCUACAUUUUUUACCCCCCCCCCCCCCAAAAAAAAAAAAAAAAAAAUUUUUUUUUUUUUGGAAAAAAAAAAAAAAAAAAAAUUUUACCCCUUGGCUAUAUUUUGUGGGGAAGAAAAAAAUUAGGGUGGACAACAGGUUUUUAAAAAUUUUUUUCCUGGGCAAAAAGGGCUUUCUUUUUCCUUUUGUGGUUUUUUAACCAAAGAAAGCAAGAUACCUUCCUUUUUUCACAACUUUAGGGGGAUGUGUGGAAAAGGAGCGGAGGGGGAUGCACACGGGAGGGGACGCGAAAGGGGGGAUUGGGGGGGCCCCUUUCCUUGGCGCCGCUGGCCAGCGGUUUCCCGCCUGGCUUGCUUCACCCCCCCAAAAAGGAGAACUUGCCCACAGGCCAAAUUUUUUACCCCCCCCCCCCAAAAACAAAAAAAAAAUACAUUUUUUUUUUUUGGAAAUUAAGCAGAAAUACAAAUUUUCACCCUUGGCAUUAAUUUUCGGGGAAGGAAACAAUUGAGGUUGCAACACGUGUUCUACAAUUUGUAUUCCUGGGCAACAAUGGCUUUCGCUUUCCAUUUGUGCAUUUUCCAACCAAAGAAGCCGAAUCAGCUUCCUUGUACACCAACUUUUGGAAGGCAGUAGGCUGGCUCAGAAUGUUCGGAUUUCAAACAAACUACGGUUGUUGUGAUGGCAGGGAAGCUAAUAGGAGCCUCAUCAAGAUGCACUUUAAAGGAAAGGACCCAGUGGACCCAGUGGUUCACUACCACUAACCCUUACACAAGAAAACCAAUGGUGUUUCUUCUUGAUCCUUCUGUAAGUAACAAGUACCUUUAAUUCUAGUUUUCCAUGGGGCUAUAACCUAACAACACCUCUCCUCAAGACAGACACUGAAUUAUAAUUGCCUGGGCUUAAGUUGUUAAAAGUGUAGUCUUUACUAGAAUGAUCGACGGUAAAUGACUAUGAUGAUAACUAUGUGUUUUCACUUCCUGAAUAACUGCGGUGAGGUAUUAAUCACCUCCGAGGUCUUUCUUACAACUGUAAAAACUCCCUUUUGCUUGUAAGAACACUAUUCUUUUUGCCAUUCAGAAAUCAAUGAUUAGUAACCAGUAGUGGAUCCAGAGGAAAAAUUUUUUUUGGAAACCAGGCCCUCCCUUUUCUCAGGGUCUGGGUGACCGGGCCCCUACCUUACCGCAAGGUCUGGAUCCAGCACUGGUAACGUUCCUGGGAAGAAAAAUUUUUAAAAGUGUUAUUGCACCUGUACAAAAGUUGUUGCUGUUACUAUCAAUAGGCUUCAGAAAAACUGCUUUUCAUAUUUUGACUACUAAUUAUUUAUUAUGCAAUAAUCUUAUGUCAUAGCAUAACAUGAAGAAACUUAGAAACAAUCUUGAAAAGAGCCGCUCGGGUGGAGUGCGACUGCUUUGCUUUGAUGACAAAACAAUCGAGUGGAGACACUUAUACCAAGCUUACAAAUGGGACCAGUCGAGCAAUUCCCUCAAGUCACAUGAGAGGUUAACUGAUGAGCACUUCAGUCUGGGCUAUGCUAGCCGUAUGAGAAACCAUCUGGCUGAGGAUGUCCUUUCAAAGAAGAUGCUGUACCUAUUGCAGGUAAAAUAGGAGAAAAUAAGUUAAUUUAUUAAUAAUUAUUAUUUUAUUUUGGCCCUGGAUCAUUGAUUAACUUGCUCCUUGUUUUGGUUUGUUUUACACAGGCAUAUAAAAGAUACAUGUCACAAAGACGAGGAAGUGAGCCUGAACACUUGGAUGGGACCAUCGCGUUCAUAAAUAUGACAAGUAAACUCAUAUACACAUUCGCAGAUAUAAGACCAAUCAGCAGUCUGGACGACCACCGCCUGGCUAUGAAUCAUGAAAUACUGGAGUACUUUCAGAAGUGGGAAAUGGAUGCACAGUCUCACCAGGAACUCAGCAAGGCAGACUGUGCUAGACGCCUCUUAUCACAAAAACUUAGAUUUGACAUUUCAUCUAUGAUAAUUGGUUUUCAAGAAGUUUGCAAAAUAGCUUUUAUACGCUUUCCUGGAUCGACCAUCUCUCCAUUUCGCACAAACAGUGACUUGGUUGAGAAUGUAUUCUGUCAAGAAACGGGGAACAACGGACAGAAUUCUAAUCCAACUUAUGCACAAUAUGGCCCAACCAUGAACAGCAUUUUACUUCGCCAAACAACCACCACAAGCUGCAGUAACACUGGUUCAGUUGAAAAUCUGACAUUCUUCAAAAGUGGAAACUUAAGGUCGAAUAAAACA